GCUACAAUGCAGAGUGCGCACAAUAUAAAACAGUACAUAGCGUACCAUAUUAUCUUUACCACAAUAUAUUUUACGAACUAAACAGAAAGUGUCGCCCCAAUUUCUAAACCCUAACCUUCGAAUUUUUCUCUGACUGAGCGUCUAUAUUUUCGAAAGGGCUGUUGUAUGAAUCUCUGGAUUCAGGGAAAAAAAUGAGCAGCCGUGCUAGCAGGACUCUUUAUGUUGGGAAUCUUCCUGGUGAUAUUCGUGAGAGAGAAGUAGAAGAUUUAUUCUACAAGUAUGGACCCAUAGCUCACAUUGAUUUAAAGAUCCCACCAAGGCCCCCUGGUUAUGCAUUUGUUGAGUUUGAGGAGGCUCGAGAUGCUGAGGAUGCAAUUCGUGGUCGUGAUGGCUAUGAUUUUGAUGGGCAUCAAUUACGGGUUGAGCUUGCUCAUGGGGGGCGUGGACAUUCUUCCUCAGAUCGUCAUAGUAGUCACAGUGGUGGUGGUCGUGGCCGAGGAGUUUCUAGACGCUCUGAAUAUCGCGUUCUGGUCACUGGGUUACCCUCUUCUGCUUCAUGGCAAGACCUUAAGGAUCACAUGCGCCGUGCAGGUGAUGUCUGUUUCUCUCAAGUUUUCCGCGAUGGUAGUGGCACUACAGGAAUUGUGGAUUACACAAAUUAUGAAGACAUGAAGCAUGCGAUCAAGAAACUUGAUGACUCUGAGUUUCGAAAUGCAUUUUCUCGUGCGUAUGUUCGGGUGAAGGAAUAUGACUCCAAGCGGGACUCAUCCAGGAGUCCUAGUCGUGGUCGAUCUCAUUCAAGAGGCCGUAGCCGUAGUCGUGGCCGAAGUUCUAGUCGAAGCAGGAGCCAAAGCAAAUCUCCCAAAACCAAAUCUACACGUCGCUCACCUGCUAGGUCAAGAUCAAGAUCUGCUUCUCGCUCCGGGUCAAAACCACGGUCUUUGUCAAGUGAACUGGGGAUUGGAUUAGGAUCUUGGUGGGAUUUGGUUCAGUUCCUGCAUCUUUUUUGGUUGUGGAGAUCACGUUCAAGAUCAAGAUCUCCACUUCCAUCUCGACAGAAACGGAUGAGUAAAAGUCCUAAAAAACGGAGUGUUAGCCGGAGCCCUAGCAGGAGCAGGAGCAGGAGCCGGAGCCGGAGCCGGAGCCGGAGCUUAUCCCGGUGAGAUGGGAGAGAGGCUAAGUUGUCGAGACAGGGGAAGGUUGAAACGAGCGUAUGAUGUUUAGACUUUUGCAUGAUGCGCGAUAAGUUAUUGAAGGGCAGUCGAGUUGUGGACAACAUUUGUAGGCUUGAUGUGGAUUCUUGUUUUAAGUUCAAUAAUUUUUAUUCUGAUGGAUUUGAGUGGAUAUAUUAAGAUGGAUUUUCUAUUAUUUUUAAAAGCCUGUUCCCCUUCA